CCCAUCAACGAGCAACAGGCUAACAGCCGUACACUGUCUUCAUCUUCAACCUCAUCUUGGCUUCUCUGCAGCGAAACAGAGAGAAAAGGAGACCCAUCUCAAUGGAGUUAUCCACUCGAUUCCAUUCCGUUUUAUACACCCAAUCGGCAUCGACAACCUAUUCAUUCGCUCGUCCUUCGAUGCUAUCGCCUGCCACAGCCAAUCCAAACAAGAAUUCAGCAGCAUCCGCCUCCGCUGUUGGUACUGCUCUUCUCAGUGAAUCCCCAAGUAGACCCGCAGCCCAGAAGCCAGUUUCGAUUUCCUACGCAAAGAGACAGUCUGCCAUUCUUGACAUACAAGAGUCGCUUGAUUUGGAUUCGGCUCUUGCGAGGUCAGGUGGUAUGUUGAGGGUGCAAGACUUGAAUAUUAUUUUACGCCACUUUGGGAAGCUAAGUAGAUGGCAGGAGCUUUCUCAGCUCUUUUGUUGGAUGCAAAAAAAUGGGAAGAUCAGUAUUUCAUCUUAUAGUAGUUAUAUAAAGUUUGUAGGAAAGGGCCCUAAUCCUGCCAAGGCACUAGAAGUAUACAGUAAUAUAAAAGAUGGAUCCAUGAGAAACAGUGUCUCUAUCUGUAAUUCCAUUCUUAGCUGCCUGGUUCAGAAUGGCAAGUUCACAAGCAGCAUCAGAUUAUUCGAUCAGAUGAAGCAAGACGGUCUCAGGCCAGAUGUUGUUACAUAUAGUACACUGCUUGCUGGCUGCAUCAGAGCCAAAAAUGGGUACUCCAAUGCAAUAGAGCUGGUUCAGGAGCUGAAGUCUAAUGGACUGCAGAUGGAUAGUGUGAUCUAUGGAACACUUAUAGCCAUUUGUGCUUCAAAUAAUCAAUGCACAGAAGCUGAGAACUAUUUUAACCAGAUGAAGGAUGAAGGCAAUUCUCCUAAUCUGUACCAUUACAGCUCUUUGCUCAAUUCUUACUCGGUCGAUGGAAACUAUAAGAAGGCUGACAUGUUGGUUGAAGAUAUGAAAUCUGCAGGCUUAAAACCAAAUAAGGUUAUUUUGACAACUCUGUUAAAGGUGUAUGUUAGAGGAGGUUUGUUUGAAAAAUCAAGAAAAUUAUUAACUGAACUGGAAGCUUUGGGCCAUGCCGAAGAUGAGAUGCCAUAUUGUUUGUUGAUGGAUGGCCUUGCAAAGGCUGGAAAAGUACAUGAGGCAAAAUUGAUUUUUGAUGAAAUGAAGAAGAAAGAUGUGAAUUCUGAUGGCUAUUCUUACAGUAUUAUGAUAUCUGCUUUUUGCCGAAGUGGACUAUUUGAAGAGGCAAAGCAUUUGGCAUGUGAUUUUGAAACCACAUAUGACAAAUAUGAUUUGGUUAUUAUGAAUACAAUGCUCUGUGCCUACUGCAGAGCAGGGGAAAUGGAGAGUGUUAUGAAAAUGAUGAGAAAAAUGGAUGAAUUAGCAAUAAGUCCAGAUCGGAAUACCUUUCGUAUUCUUAUAAAAUAUUUUUGUAAGGAGAAAUUGUAUCUGCUUGCUUAUCGUAUUAUGGAGGACAUGCAUAACAAGGGGCACCAACCUGAGGAGGAACUCUGUUCAUCCUUAAUUUUCCAUCUUGGUAAAAUUGGUGCCCAUUCGGAAGCAUUUUCUGUAUAUAACAUGUUGAGAUAUAGCAAAAGAACACUAUGCAAAGCCCUUCAUGAGAAAAUUCUCCAUAUCCUUUUGAGAGGACAACUUCUCAAAGAUGCAUAUGUAGUGGUCAAGGAUAAUGCAAAGUUUAUUUCUCAGCCAGCUAAGAAAAAGUUUGCAACUUUGUUUCUGAAGACGGGCAAUAUAAACUUGGUAAAUGAUGUUAUAAAGGCUAUUCACAGUUCACAGUACAAGAUUGAUCAGGGACUUUUUCAUAUGGCCAUAUCACGAUAUAUCACGCAGCCCGAGAAAAAAGAACUGCUUCUCCAGUUACUAAAUUGGAUGCCAGGUCAAGGCUAUGUGGUUGAUUCAUCAACAAGAAACUUAAUCCUUAAGAACUCACACUUGUUUGGGCGCCAACUUGUUGCUGAGAUACUGUCUAAACAGCAAAUGGUGUCAAAAGCAUUAAGAUCUCACGAAAUGAAAGAUCAAUAGAUCUGAUUUUGAGGCAUUUCAGGACCGUAUGAGAUUAAGAAGAAGAAGCCGGAGAAGAGAAGAAGGAAAAGCCGAUAGAGAGAGAGAGAAUUGCAGAAAGUAGGGAAGAAAUAAAAGUGAUUAAAGAAGAAGAAAAAGAAGAAGAAGAAGAAGAAGAAGAAGCAGGGAGACAAGAACAGAGAGCAAGAGAAAUUCAAGAAGGGAAAAUCAUGUUAUUCAAUCAUCCACAGCUGAAUAAAAGGCUCAGAUUGUGCUCUUAUGGCUUUUACAAUCGCCCUUCCGCCAGCAUAUAUAUGCAGAAUGGUGAAGAAACUUUCUUCAGGUAAGAGUACAGCAGUGCAACCCAUUUCCAGAAAGGCCAGAAAUUUAGCAUUGCUCUGAAAGCUUCGGUUGAGGAUUUAUGAUCUCUUCUUUUAGGUUUUCCCUUGUUUCUUGGUGAUCAAUGGCUGCCGGGCUCACAAGUGAUAAUGAGACGAUCAGGAAAGAUCAAUUCUUACUCAGCUGGUGAAUCUUCUUCAGAAGCAAUGCGAUCUUUGAGCCACUUGGCUGUGUUGAUGAUGACGAGCUUCAAUGACAGUGAAAGCCACGGAUAGCUUCAGUUUUCUUGAAGAAAAAUAACAGCAAUGUCAUGUGUAGGCGGGCUUACCAUGGCGGAAUAACCCUCAGAGAAAGCAAUGCGAGAGGAACAGACUGAGAGAUCAGCAAUAGGCCCAUCGACGCACUCCUCGUGAAGGUAGCGGAUGCCGAUGCCUAUCUCCAUAGCAAUGUACCACCUCCGUCUCCAUGAAAGGCGCUUGGCUGCCUCGUCGCCUGCCAAAUCAAACCUCAGAGUAUGCUCAAAAUUAAGGGUGUUCAUCAGUUCUGACAAACCCAAUAACCAAACUGAAAUAAUGCGUCUAUUGUUUUUUCUUUCUUUCUUUUUUUUUUUUAACUUGGUUUGGUUUUGGUCUGUUUUUCUAAGACUUGAUAGACAAGGAAUCGAGUUCGGGUUAGACCAUCCAAUUUAAUCUAUAUACUCGACCCGAUCACGCUAAUACAAGGCAAAAAUCCCAAAAAUCUCAUUUUGUGAAA